GGCAAGGUCCACGGCUCGCUCGCGCGCGCGGGCAAGGUCAAGGGCCAGACGCCCAAGGUCGAGAAGCAGGAGAAGAAGAAGCUCCCCACGGGCCGCGCCAAGAAGCGCAUGCUCUACAACCGGCGCUUCGUGAACGUCGUCGCCGGCGUCGGCGGCAAGCGCUUCGGCCCCAACUCCAACGCC